AAUUCAACGUAAUAUCAAGCUCUAUCGUUUUUUUUAUUGGAUUUUUAGGUGUGAAAUAGCAAAAAAGGUGUUUUUCUGUCUAUAACCUGUAUUGGCUGUCCCAUUUUCACCGUAUUUCCGCGACUGAAAAUGAAUUGAUAACGCUUGCGUUGCCAGCUACAAGCCGGUAACGUUUUGUUUAUUUGUUCCCCGAAAAAGCAAACAACGAAACCAUUCCACAGCGGCGUGCUCGCUCAAACUCAGCAAUGGACGCGGUACUGCAGCCCCUUUUAAGCUUUUUUAAAAGCAAACCAGGCAAAUUCAUCAUCGCUGGCGGAUUGCUGAUCGUGACGUCGGAAAUCGUGUACGAGCUGUAUCUAUGGGCGCGUAAACCAGCCAAGCCCAAGCAAAAGUCAUGUGAAGUGUUUUUCAUCAAUCGGCGCAAGCUAGCGCAGCCCCUGCCGAGCCCGCAGGAAUUUACGUACGAGCACAUCAAUCGCAUCAUAAGCUACAUAAAUCGAGCGGAGAAAUCCAUCUGCCUGGCGAUGUACAUAUUCACCAUGCGCGAAAUAAGUGAGGCUGUAAUACGCGCGAAGAAGGAACGGUCGGUCGUGGUGCGUGUGGUUACGUGCGAAUCGAUGGUCGGCAACGAAGGUUCCUAUCUGCGCGAUCUGAUCGCUGAAGACAUUAAGGUACAGUACAAAUACAAAAGCGAGUACCUAAUGCACCAUAAGUUCUGUCUGAUCGACACCGACUGGUACUGUGCCAACUGUCUGAUCGAAUACCAUACCGAGCAGUACGGUGAGCCGACGAAGAAUAUGCAGCACACCAUGUUCGAUAAAGCUGUAAUGAGCGACCGGGCAGGAUUGUUGCAGCGGUUCGGUAGCUCGUGUGCCCGAUGCAACCCGUCGAACCGUCCAAAGCAAGCCGUUCCACGGCGAAAGAAAAGCACUGAUCCGCUGCCGAAGCAUGGAGUUCUCAUAGCGGGCUCCAGCAACUGGACAUUUCCCGGCUUGACCACGCACUGGGACACCGUGACCAUUUCCUCGCUGCCGGAACUGAUCGAUCCGUUUGCAGCCGAAUUUCAAAGAAUGUGGUACGAACUAAACGAUCCUUUGAAGGAACAUGCUACGAGGGAACCGUUGUACAAAACGAGACGCGGAAUGGAAGGGACACACUGAUAGAACGUGCCAGCGUCGUAGAUAAAUGGAUAAGCUGUAUGAAAUGUGCCACAUUGCAUUUAAUGUAUUUGGAAGGUUUGUUUGUUUGAAUUUGAACUCCUUUUUUUGUGAUGCAACACGCUUUAAAAGCAGAGAAUUUGUAUUCCAGACACGUGCUACGAACUCAAUAAAACAUUAUACUACUCUACGUCUCA